AUGUCGGAUUCCAGUGAUUAUGAAGAUCAUGAGAGUGGUGAUUCCGAUGCCGAGCUGCAAGCGGCCUUUGCCAGUGGACUCCUUAAACCAGGUCUUAACAUACCAGUUGAACCGAAGAAAGUAUUUACGAAUAAUGUGGCUGGGCUUAAUUUGAAACAUAAGGAAAUCCAACAGAGUUUGAAAUGGAUCGAACGUUUGGACCUCACUACUGGUUUAGCUCCAAUUGCACCAGAAAUGGCUGUUUAUAUUGCAGAGAAGGAAGAAGAAGCUGGGAACCCGAUUAAAAAAGUUAAAAAAUCUUUAGACCCCACUGUGGAUGACUUCAAGAGAGAGAUGAAUUUCCAUCGGCAAGCACAAGCAGCAGUCCUUGAAGGUAUUCCCAGAUUACACUCGCUGGGUGUCAAAACAAAGAGACCUGAUGAUUACUUUGCCCAAAUGGCCAAAUCUGACGAGCACAUGCAAAAGGUGCGGGAUUCCCUUCUGAAGAAGAAGGCUGGGCUUGAAGUUAGUGAAAAAGUUCGUAAGAUACGAGAAAACCGCAAAAUGAUGAAAACACUGCAGGCCCAAGCAGUGAUUCAGAGACAGAAGGAUAAGAGGGAUCUCAUGGAAGAGGUCAAGAAAUAUCGUAAGGGUGCCAGGAAAGAUUUAGAUUUCCUGGAACCUGGUGGUGAUAAAAAGAAACAAGGUCAGCAAGGGCAUAAAAAGAAACUCCAAAACAAACCUGCAGAUCGGAAAAGACAGAAGAAAGAUGAGAAGUAUGGAUUGGGAGGGAAGAAGGGAGGUUUAAAAAGGAAUACGAAGGAAAGUUCUGCAGAUGUCUCCAGCUACAGACCUCCCCCAAGGAACAAGAAAGCGGGCGGGAAGAAUGCUAAGGGCCAGAAGAGACCUGGGAAAAGUAGGCGUCAUCAAAAUGGUAGACCCAAAAGAAGAUAAAUUCUUGAAACUCUAACUUGUUAAUAUGAAUUAAGAACUUGGCAAAUUGUGAAUGUUACUUUAUAACGACUGUGACUGAAUUUUCUUAGUGACAAUACACUUUGAAAAACUA